AUGAUGAGAGACACAGGGCUUCCCAGAGACAAUGUAAAGGCUCAACAUUUGAAAGUUUUAGUUGGGCAAGUGAAACUUUAUGGUGAUAAAACUUUUUAUGAUGUGGCUGAGAUCAAGGACUACCCAAAACCAGAUGCUAAAAUUGGAGGAGAUGUGAGCCUUCUCAAACUGAAACACCAAGUGACGCUGUCUGGUCAUGUCAGCCUGGUCACCCUCUCUCCACCAGACCUUAAGAUCCCAGCAGGCACUAGUAGCUGGGUGAAUGGCUGGGGUAACAUUAACACCAAUGGAGAGCGUGUGCAGCGGGUCAUGUGUAACUUCAGCAUUCAGGGAAAUGAAGGCUUCGUGUGGUUCUAUAAUGCCACACCUGGGGCAGCCUGUUGCAAGAUCAGCCUCUGUGCUUGGAUAUUCACUCAGCUUUCCUCCACAGAAAAACUGCCUCCACCCUACCACCUGCAGGAGGUGGAGAUCCCCAUUGUGAGUGAUGAGGUCUGCAGGAAACAAUAUGGCAAUAAGGUCAAGGAGGACAUGCUGUGUGCUGGGAGUCCAGGCCACGACUCCUGCAAGGGAGACUCUGGAGGACCCCUGGUUUGUCAUUGGAAGGGCACCUGGCUGCAGAUAGGGGUGUUUCUAGUCAGUGUCUGUGGUGCCCAGCUGGAUACUUCUGCCCUAGCAGAGCCACCCACCCUAUCCCAUGCCAGCCUGGCACAUUUGGCCCUCGCCCGGGGCAAGAUGAAGCCACAGACUGCACUAGGUGUCCAGCAGGCAGGGCCUGAACCCAGGCAGGACUGGCUUGGCCAGAUGCAGAAUGCAUGCCCGGGUGACUGCAUGCCAAGGGGUGAAGUGUGCACCAAGGGUGUGAGACUUGCCCCGUGGGAUUGGCCUGUCCUGCGGGUGAGUGAGGACAGAAAAAGCAGCCUCAGUCGGCUGCUGGGCAAGGCCUGCACCAGAUACCCAACCCAGUUUCCAUGUUCCCCAGGCACCUGGAGUAACCAGAGCGAGCUGACCACCAUGAAGGAGUGUGUGCCAUGUCCCAGGGGCUGGUUCUGUAUCAGUGGGGCCCAGGAACUCUGGGAUGUGCCCGACUGGGCAUUAUUGCCCACAAGGGGCCUUCGGUCCCAGGGGAGCCCCGACACCUGUGCUCUGCCCAAGGUGAGCAAGGCCCAGGUAUAUAUGGCCAGGCUUCAAGUCACGUUACCAAGUGUCCCUGCAUGCCUGUGGGAGGACAGCACUGUUUCUGAGAAGAAAGGGGGACCUACCGCCAGGAGCCAGGUGCAGGGCUGCCUGUGGACUGUGCCCCAUGACCUAUUGGUCACCACUGCCCUGAACUGA